AUGGCUCGUUUCGCCCUCAGCAACCGCACCCUCUCUGGCCACCUUGAAAACCCGCGGAGCUGGGUUGCAUGGAUGGAGUUGCAAAAUCUGAACCAACAAACUGCGAGCUCUCGAUUGCACUACGCGAACGGCAAUGUGACCCGUCGUCUUCAUGUUCUUAACCGGUUCUCUGGCGUCCACCGCUUCAACCCUGCACUGGCGACUGAUGGACCUGGAGUCGACGACGCUGCGGCCACCGACUCUAACGCCACUACUCGCUUCAUCAAUUUGAAUGCUUCAAGCUUUGCCAACACGGGCUCUGCUAGCGGGACCUCUUCUACCAGUGCGAGCUCUAAUAACGCGGCGUCGACCAACACGGCCUCUACCAUCGCAGGCUCCACCACCGCAGGCUCCACCACCGCAGGCUCUUCUACCAAUGCCGGUUCCAAUGAUACGGCCUCUGAUCAGACGACCUCUGCCAGCGCGGGCUCUACCAACAGCGGCUCUGAUAUCUAG